ACGCUCGCGCCCAGCAGUAAAGCCGCCGCGUCUCCUCCGUCAAACGCCUCGGUGGUCUUGACAAACAUCAUGAGGAAAAAGCAGAGAAUCAUGUGUGCAUUUGGGUUUUUGGGUGCCAUGUUGUUGGUCGGCUGUGAGAAAAGGAAGGAAGCGCAACAGCAAUGACGCCGCGUCAGAGCUCUGACGCUGGCCGAAGACGAAGGCUGACUGAUCUCAUGACUCACGACUGGACAAUGCUGGAAGAAAUGACCUCUAGAGCUUUGAGCACCUUGAAGGUCCUGGGAUGCAUUUUGAAAACUCCUCCAUUAAGAGCUCUGAGCACCUUGAAGGUCCUGGGAUGCAUUUUGAAAACUCCUGCAUUAAGAUUCUCUCAUACUUGGACUCGCCUCUCCCAAACAAACACGGACAUCAACCGAAAGUUUCCCCUCAGGGAUGAGACCUGGUAUGGCCGUUGUUCACAGCGCAGCAGGAGUACUCUGAAACCAAGGCAAAAGUGGUAAACAGUCAAAUGAAUCAUGAAGUGCAAAACAACUAACAACAACCACAGGUCAUG